AUGAACCCACAAUUGGCACAGAUCGAGUCUCUAUUGGUUCCCAAUUCCCAUCAGUCAUCGCCAAGCAUUGAAUUUAUUCCCCAGUUGUACUAUGCGCUCCAUCAGCUGAAAAAAGAUCCCAACAGUAGUACCAAUUCCCUAGAUGCAGCAACUCUGUCUAUAAGGCACCGUCUAAAGCAGUGCAAAGCUCAUCUGGCAGAGAAUGACGAAUGUCGAGAGCUUUUGAGCCAAACACCCGCCGAGUGGGAUAAAACGCUCACCCAGCGACAAAAUCACCUGGACUCAAAACGCGAAGUAUUCCGGGCCCUCGAGCAACAGGUCCAGCAGCUAUAA